CCGAGGGUAUAAAUAUAAGUUGAAACGAUGCACGCUGGCAGUUAGAGUAGAUACCAAAAACAAUCGCUUACAAAAGAAUCGUGAGGAUGACGGGAUUGAAAAUAGCGUUACUCUUCGGCUGUUUGACACUAGUUGCGGGGCGUACUACUACUGUACAGAAAACUUCACUGUCUUUGACGGAAGAUUCUGAAGAUGCAGACGAACUAGAUCUAACCGACAUUCUGCAGACCGUUCUUGGCUACUCUGACGUCACUUCCGGUGAACAAUAUGGCGACAUUGUUCAAGGCUGCAGCAAAGGGAAAUGCGAGUUUUGCAAGAAAAUGUUCAAAUUUAACGUCUGCUUCGUAGCGACCUUAGAAAAGGACGCGGUCGUGCUAGCGGUUACAUUAGGCAAGAGACAGAUAUUCAAAACAGUCAUCAAAGUUCCUAAUCCACCAAAAGUUUGCAAGAAAUCAAUUCCACAUGUCCCGUUUAUAACCAACGUCUGCUUACAGGUCAAGGACGUAAAUCUCAAGGAAGCUUCCGGUUGCGUCUAUGUCUCCUUCAAGUUUAAGGUAAAACAAUUCUCGGCGAAAAUUGCGUGUUUCAAGAUACCUACCAGUGAUGGUGUGAACCAGAUAACAGAAGCUGAGCCGGGGCAGGCUGAAGAACAUGGUACCAGACCUGAAAACAACGAGGAGACAGUCGUUACGUUUGAGAGUAUGAAUACGACAGCUUAGAUGCGAAAAUAGAUUCUUCUCAUUCAAUAUUUCAACCUCUUAUAUGUCAGAAAAAUGUUGAAAUAUAUUAUUGACACUUGCAUGUUAGAAUGCUUAUUCCUUACAACUUCUUUUCUUCUCCUUCAAUUAACGUAUGUGACCGUACUAUUAUUCAGAUAUUUAGUUUAUACUAAUUUGUUUUAGCUCGAUUGUGAUGAAAGCUUCAAGCUUAUUUUAACCACUCUCAAGUCUGCUUCCUGGAAAAACCAGUACAGGUGUCAUAUGAAAAGUCAUGGUCGUGACCCCAGUGGGGUUCGAACCCACGCCACCUGGAUUGAGCGGCCGACACCUUAUCCACUAGACCAGCGCUCCCCUUAAAUACAGAUAUUUGAUAAGACAAAAAACAAUAUCAUUACCUUAUUGCAUGUUAAGAGUCCAAAAAAUUCCAUAAAAGUCGCUUAACAAUACUGUACAAAUAUUCAUCCAUUUUACACAUAUUGUACACAUAAUGUGCUAUUCUACACAUAUUGUACACAUAAUGUGCCAUUUUACACUUAUUGUACACAUAAUGUGCUAUUUUACAGAUAAUGUACACAUAAUGUGCCAUUUUACACAUAUUGUACACAUAAUGUGCUAUUUUACACAUAUUGUACACAUAAUGUGCCAUUUUACACAUAUUGUACACAUAAUGUGCUAUUUUACUAUUAUUGUACACAUAAUGUGCUAUUUUACUAUUAUUUUACACAUAUUGUGCCAUUUUACAAAUAUUGUACACAUAUUGUGCCAUUUUACAUAUAUUGUACAGAUUCCUGUUAGACAGACUUAAAAUUAAGAAUUGGCAAAGCAUCAAGAGUUGAGUUAAAAGUUCCUAAAUGUUUACUGUAAUAUUAUUCUUGUUACUCUGUCAUGAUUUCCCGAAUAAACUUGUUUAAAAAAUAAGAUUGACUAACGCCAUGCUUGCUGUUAACGUAGACGACUUUUUUACUUCUGCUUUGUAUGUGUGAUAAAAAUGGCAAUAAAAAUACAAUAAAAAGACA